GUCAUUUCUCUCUCGUGAUUUGUGAAUCAUAUCCCUAUCAAAACUAAAGAGUUCUACAUAUUUAUCAAGCAUGCAUCGUCUUUGCAUCUUGUUAUUUGUCUUUGCAUGUGUAUCUUUAAGCUCUGGCGUUGAAGGAAUUGGUGUGAACUACGGGCUCCUGGGAAAUAAUCUGCCACCACCAGCCCAAGUGAUCAAUCUCUUAAAGUCCAGAAAUAUUCAAAACAUUCGAAUUUUCGACCCUAACCAGGACGUGUUAAAGGCACUAGAGGGUUCUGGCAUUUUGCUAAUUCUUGGUACUCGAAAUGAAGACCUGCAAGCACUUGCAAGUGAUCCAUCUUUUGCAAAAAAUUGGAUACUUACUAACGUUAUUCCACAUGCUUCAACUGUUAAAAUUACAUACAUAUCAGCAGGUAAUGAAGUCAUACCUGGACCAUUAGCAACUUUUGUACUAGGAGCCAUGCAAAAUCUGGACUCGGCACUGAAAGCCAACAACCUUAAUAUACCUGUUACGACAGCAAUCUCGUUGGGAGUUUUAGGAACCUCGUAUCCCCCUUCGAAUGGUGCAUUCUCUGGGGAUGCCGUUCAAUUCCUGCAACCAAUUGCACAGUUUUUAGCUACAAAGCAAUAUCCGCUACUGGCUAAUGUUUAUACUUAUUUUGCCUAUUCUGGGACUCCUGCUCAAAUUCAAUUAGACUAUGCACUUUUAAAAAGCACGGCUCCGAUUGUAAGUGACGGCCAAUUCCAAUACAACAACUUGUUUGAUGCAACAGUAGACUCUCUGUAUGCUGCAUUGGAGAAAGUUGGACAAUCUGCAGUAGAGAUUGUGGUUACGGAAACAGGAUGGCCGAGUGCUGGUGAUGUUUAUGCAACUAUUGACAAUGCUCAAACAUAUGUAAACAAUUUGGUAUCACAUGUUGCAUCUGGCCAAGGAACUCCCAAAAGGCCUGGCAAAGUUUUGCAGACAUACAUUUUUGCACUCUUCAACGAGAAUCAAAAACCUGCUGGUACCGAGGAAAAUUUUGGUUUAUUCUACCCUAAUAUGACUGAAGUUUACCAUGUCAACUUAACACCCUAUCAGAAUUAAUGUGUGUAUAUAUAUCAUAGGCCCCAACACCUCAAUUGGUUCCUACAUAGGGAUUAGAUAAUUUUCCAAUAC